AACGAACCCAUAGCGUCUAUAAUUGUGAAACACAACAGUGAAGUCGAUAUAAAUAGUAUAAAUUGCAAAUUUAUUGUUAACAAUCCACUUUUUUCUUUUCUUUACCGAGAUCCAUUUUUAGUUUAAAACAAUGACUGGAGGAAUUCAGAAAAUUCUCCUUGUGAGCAUAGUAUGUUUCUGCGUGACCUUGGCCUUUCCGGUUGAAGAUAAGGAAAAGUCUACGGAAGCUCCUUUAGCUGCUUCAGAAAACUCGGCCAAAGGCCAAGAAAAGGAUCUAAAACUCAAUGAAGCAAAUGAUAAACAACAGCAAAAGGAACCGUUGGAAAAACCAUCAGAAGGAGAACAGCAAAAACCAGAAGAGUCACAAGAUAAUAAAAAACCGGAAAAACCUUCAGAACAGAUCGCACCUUCCUCCACCCCCGACCAGCAGAAGCCUAACGAUCACAACGACCAAAUAGCGGUACCCACCGAACAAAAGAAGGAGGAGCAAAAGGACAUUGAAUUGAGACAACUUUCCGUAGAGAACAGUCCUGUAGGAUCGUUUAGUCCGAAAGAACCUCUUGCAGCAUCAAAAUUGGAAAAUGAAAAGAAAGACAAAGACGAUCACCAGCCCCAAGAGAAAAAGAUUGAAGAAGCGAUCCUUGCGUCGACAGGGGCAUCCGAGAAGAAACUGGACGAGAAAGCAGCUCAUCCGGAACCUACCCCAGCGUCCGAAGCCAAGGACGAGUCAUUGGUGACGGAAACUUCUUCUUCCAAAGCGGAAGCAGCGGACGACCACAGCACACCAGCUGCUCCGGGAGCUUCGACAGUCGCCGAAUCAGAGCAUGAAAACAAAGACCAGCAAGAAAAUCCUGACCGCCACAAGCACGAACAAAAGUCUGACGUUUCUUCCGAACCACCUGCGAAAGAAACAACCGAAUCGUCCCAACAACAAACAACCGGAGCAAAUCCAGAACAAACAUCCACAUCGGCUUCGCUCGCGAACACCUCCAACAAUCCCAAUCCCAACCCUUGAGGGACACUUAAAAACAAAAAAACUUAAAAAAUAACUUCAUUCUACUACCUGCAUUUAAAUAAUAAACAACAAAAAAAAAACACAAAAAACAAAUGCGACUGACAAUGUUGAGGACCACUUGCCCCUUUGUUCUUUUGGGAAAAAAAUAAUGCGAAUAACUGGGUGAACAGGACCUCGGAUUAUUAUUAUUAUUAUUAUUAAUNAAUUAAUUAAUUGAUAUUUAUGUUCUCUGUCUUUGGUUACAAUAAAUUGCAAUUUAGACAAA